CUAUCGUGCUGAGCAGUUGGAGCAAGAAAUGAAGGUACAUGCAGAGCGACUAGGAAUUCAAGUACAUUUUUCUUUGGAAGAAGAACCACUAGGAACCGCUGGACCACUGGCUUUAGCAAGGCAAUAUUUGGAUGGUGAUGAACCCUUCUUCGUGCUCAAUUCUGACGUGAUUUGCGAGUUUCCCUUCCAAGAGAUGAUCGAUUUUCAUCUUUCUCACGGAUCAGAAGGAACGAUUGCUGUCACACAGGUAGAGGAACCAUCAAAAUAUGGUGUAGUCGUAUUCGAUGAGCGCAGCGGAAUGAUUGCGGAAUUCGUGGAGAAACCACAAGAAUACGUGGGUAACAAGAUCAAUGCCGGCCUAUACAUUUUCAAUCCUUCAAUUCUUGAUAGAAUACCACUUCGACCCACGAGUAUUGAGAAG